AAGAAGAAGAAGAAGAAGAAGAAGAAGAAGAAGAAGAAGAAGAAGAAGAAGAAGAAGAAGAAGAAGAAGAAGAAGAAGAAGAAGAAGAAGAAGAAGAAGAAGAAGAAGAAGAAGAAGAAGAAGAAGAAGAAGAAGAAGAAGAAGAAGAAGAAGAAGAAGAAGAAGAAGAAGAAGAAGAAGAAGAAGAAGAAGAAGAAGAAGAAGAAGAAGAAGAAGAAGAAGAAGAAGAAGAAGAAGAAGAAGAAGAAGAAGAAGAAGAAGAAGAAGAAGAAGAAGAAGAAGAAGAAGAAGAAGAAGAAGAAGAAGAAGAAGAAGAAGAAGAAGAAGAAGAAGAAGAAGAAGAAGAAGAAGAAGAAGAAGAAGAAGAAGAAGAAGAAGAAGAAGAAGAAGAAGAAGAAGAAGAAGAAGAAGAAGAAGAAGAAGAAGAAGAAGAAGAAGAAGAAGAAGAAGAAGAAGAAGAAGAAGAAGAAGAAGAAGAAGAAGAAGAAGAAGAAGAAGAAGAAGAAGAAGAAGAAGAAGAAGAAGAAGAAGAAGAAGAAGAAGAAGAAGAAGAAGAAGAAGAAGAAGAAGAAGAAGAAGAAGAAGAAGAAGAAGAAGAAGAAGAAGAAGAAGAAGAAGAAGAAGAAGAAGAAGAAGAAGAAGAAGAAGAAGAAGAAGAAGAAG